GUUCAAAGUCGGCAAAUUUUUGCAUGAUGAAUGACGAUAUUUUAAACAGUGGGCCUACUUUAAGCUUUUUUCCUACAGCACUAACAAUUUAAAAUUAAUAACGCAGCUUUCAUGGAAUGAGGACGGAUGAGGAGUAUGGGCUGCUUUCCCAAGCACCAGAAGAAGCCUCUGACGGCGAGCAAGAAGAAGCUAUCGAAUUCAUUUCCUAUGCAGAAAGUGAUGACGAUGAUGAGGAUCCCUACUUUAUGCCUGAGCACAACAAGCGUACAAGUACUUGGACAUUUUUAAGGCUAACAUGUGCGCCGAUUCAAGUUGUUCGGUUUUUGAUACCUUCCCUUUGCAUCGUAACUAUCAUCGCUUAUACCAUUACUAUUGGCGUCAUUACAGAGAAGAAAAAGCAUGCCCACCCUUAAUACUAAACUUAGCAUCUCCACUUAUUGAGCGUCAACUGUUGUCUAAUCGAAUACAUCGCAAUAAAAUGACAAAAUACCAUAAAGUGAUUAUGGUAAUUACAAAAUGGAGCUGCAUAAACGAGCAA